UUUUACACGCCAGUGAACACUAUCUAGGGACUCGAAAUGAAUCAAAAGCCCGUUUGGGAGGACAGGGAGGUGAAAUUCGACAUUCCCUCAAUCUACAAAACCAUACGCAGCGGCGAAGUUGUACUCGAUGUCCUUGACUCGGUCGAAGACACGAAGGGCAACAGUGGGGACUGCGGUCGAAUUUUGGUGACCAACCUGCGCCUCAUCUGGUACUCGGUCACGUCUCAUCGGUUCAGCCUGUCUGUGGGCUUCUCCUGCAUACUGACGAUGAACACGAAAACGGUCGUUUCGAAGGUGCGCGGAACAACCCAAGCCCUGUACAUACUGAGCGUCGGCUCCAACUCCCGGUUCGAGUUCAUAUUCACCAACCUAACCGCGACCAAUACGAAACACUUUGCCUCCAUCUUCGACGUGUACCGGCUGUACCAGGCCUCAACCAUUUUCCGGGAGCUAAAGUUGCGCUCUUCGGUGGUAGUGUCGGGCCAGCUGCAAGUCCAACCGCAGGAGCAGAUCUUUAACACCAUCAGCGGCGUAUGGAACCUGUCCAGCGAUCAGGGCAAUCUGGGCAUCCUCAUCGUGAGCAACGUGCGCCUCGUGUGGUACGCCGAGAUGAACAACAGCUUCAACAUAUCUCUGCCGUACAUGCAGAUUGCCAGUUUGCGCAUUCGCGAAUCCAAGUACGGACCGGCGUUGGUAAUCCAAACGCUCGAAACGGCCGGCUCGUAUGUGCUCGGUUUUCGCAUCGAUCCGGCGGACCGGCUCGGGGACGUGUUCAAGGAGCUGCUCUCGCUGCACAGCGUCUACACGGAAACUCCCGUCUUUGGGGUGUUUUACGAAGCCCCGGCCGACUGCGAACGCGCCCCAACGGAAUCGGCUGACGACAUUGAGGAGCUCGAUUCCACGCCCGGUGGUGACAUAAAUGCCAAGUUUACGGCCUACCUGGCGGAUACGGCUACGGGCGAUGGUUCGAAAAGGAAACCGGUCUACUGCAAGGAGCUGGGUUUCGCCAUGGAAUCGCUGAAGGAAGGUUACACGAUAAAGGAUCUGUGGGAUGUACUUCCCACCCAAUAGU